AUGGAGGAGCAUGGAAUAUUUAUUGAAAAACAAGUUGAUGAAUCUGAGCGAAAAGAACACGAAACAUUUUUACGUAUGGCUAUUAAACUAGCAGAAGAAAAUGUUGAACAUGGCCUCGGCGGACCGUUUGGAGCUGUUAUUUGCAAAGAUGGAAAAGUUAUUGCGAAUGGCUCAAAUAAAGUUGUACCUAGUAACGACCCAACGGCGCAUGCCGAAGUUGUAGCGAUUCGUCAAGCUUGUUCCGAAACAAACACAUAUCGUCUUGAUGGUUGUGUGAUUUACUGUAGUUGUGAGCCUUGUCCCAUGUGUUUGGGAGCUAUUUAUUGGUCACAUGUUGAUCAAAUAUUUUUUGCCAAUAGUAAACAUGAUGCAGCAGAGUGUGGUUUCGAUGAUCAUUUUAUCUAUGAAGAAUUGGCACGUGAAUUACAUGAACGAAAAGUACGCGUUACACAACUAUUAGAAGAGGAAGGUAUUAAAGCAUUUGCACUAUGGGCAUCAUCAUCAACAAAAACUCAUUAUUAG